CACCUCCGCUUUCGUGCGCGUCCUCGUCGCCUAACUCGCUGCAAGAAGCCGCUCUUCUCUGCUCUUCCCUUUUCUCCCCCAAUUCGCCGCACUCGGACGACAACAUCUCUCUCUCUCUCGGUCUCUCUUGUUCUUCCUUCUCUUCUCCCAUGAUCGCGAACCCUAAUACCGAGAAGAUCAUUUCCCCGUCCUCGUGUUGAUACACGGCAAUAUAUGGCUUUGGUUCCUCCAAGAAUCGCAUCGAACCCUCGUCUUUGAUGGAUCCCGCCCCUGCAACCGCCUCGAAGACCCACGAGGUCCGCCUGGCCCCGCUCUUCAUCGACCUCAACGAGGCCCCUCCGCCGCCCUGCGACACCCCUCCGGCCGACCCCCCUUCCCAUGGCUUCUCACUCGACUCCCGCGCCCUCGCUUGCCGCUUCCACGCUUCCCUUGCCCCCGCCCCCGGACCUGCCGCCGACUUCCCUGGCGAGGCUGGCGUGGGGAAGCUUCCCCUCCCCUGCGGGGUCUGUGGCCGCCCCGAGACCCGCGGUGGGACGGUGGUCUGCGACGGCUGCGAGCGGGGGUUCCACGUUGGCUGUGUGAGGAACAGGCUGCGGUAUCCGGCUGCGGCGGUUGACGACUGGCUCUGCCAUGAGUGCAGUGCGAGCGGGAGGCCCACCAAGCGGUGGACACUCGGUGCCGCCAGGUUGCUUGAUAUCAAUGCACUGCCGCCAAGCGAGGGAGAUGUUGAAGAGCUACAGAGUAGCGGAAAUGUUGGAUGCAGAGUGAACAAUGUUGAUGUAGCUAAUGUUAGUGGAUCUGGUCAACCAUUUCCACAACAUGUGGGUCAGAUAAGAAAUGACUGUGACUCGGCAAAGGAUACAGGAAGCGUGGAUGAUUUUUCAAGAAUUACCGAAGAUGGAAAGAGGUUUGGAUCAGGGAAUGAUGUUGCUCACUAUCUUGGCAUCAAGUCAAGCUACACUUAUGUUGACAUUGGUGAAAAAAGUGAUGUUUCUGGAGUAGUGCAAAGGUCUUUGCCUCCUCGCCGAAGGAAAAGAGAUCUUUCAAGAACAUGGACUGCAACUAGUUCAUCAGAGAACCAAGAGAGUGUGAGGGUUAACUGUAGCGGGGAGCCUUCUUCCGAUAACGAGGUUAUGGAAUCACAGUACUCUGAUUUUAGGAGACCUUCAAGAGUUACAAAUGCUUAUACAGAGGAAAAUAAUGGCCAUGGAUCUCAAAUGUUGAACGGUUGUCUCCCAGUUCAGUAUGAGGAUUUCUUUGUCAUUUGUUUCGGAAGAAUUGAUUUGCGAUUGGCAUAUCAUAACAACUGUCAGAUCUGGCCUGUAGGAUAUAGAUCAGUUUGGCAUGACAGAAUUACAGGUUCUAUUUUUGAGUGUGAGGUCUCAGAUGGGGGUGAUGCUGGACCUGUAUUUAAGGUACGAAGGCAUCCAUGUUCGGCAUUGCCAAUUCCAAUUGGACAAACUGUUCUUUUGUAUAAUAAUGCUAACAAAUGUGAUGCAUCAGAAAGAACAGAAACUAACUGUGUGAUCUUAGAAUCUGAUUUGGAGAAAGACGAUGACAUUAUAAUGCUCCUAUCGGAUCCAAGUUACUCGGAUCUGGAACAGGUAUCAUGCUUCAGUAGCAACUUGUGUGGAAACUCUCAUGGUACCUCCACACAGAUGGAAGUGGAUGAACCAGAUGGUUUGACUAGCCACUCAGAAAAGUUUGAUGAUUCUUCGGUAAGGACUUCCACUUUGAGGGAUGAAAUUGGGGAUUUCUAUGUGGAAGGACGAUCAUCAUUCUCAGUGUGGAAGAUGGUCUCCCAAACUCUUGUUGACUCAUGCCGUGAAGUUUAUAAGCAGUCAGGUUCGUUGCAGUUCACCUGCAGGCAUAGAAAUCAAAUUUCAUCGUCCUUAGCAGAUAAUGGAAGACCAAGAUUGGUAGAUCAUCUUGGUACCUUAGCUAGGUUUUGCAGUUCUGCUGGUCCCACUAAUAUGCCACAAGUGAUUCAGAAUCAUACAGAGUUUGAUUUGUCAUGCCAAUUAGUUGCAGAAUGGUUAAAUCAGGACAGAUUUGGAUUGGAUAUGGGUUUUGUAAAGGAAGUCAUUGAAACGUUUCCUGAAUCACAUGCGUGUACAGGAUACCAGUUUCUGGCUAAUAGAGCAGACUUUUCAAAGUCGAUGACUGUUGCUAGUGGAGUGAUCUUAGCAGUACAAAGGAACGGUGAUGGAAGUGAAGAUAAAGUUCCCUCAUAUGGUUUAUACAGAAGACAGAUGAUGUUAAAACAACAAGAUUUUGCUGCAGACCACCAAUUAAGUGACCGCCAACCUCCACCAGGGAAACCUUGUAGCAGAAGGCUUCCUGCAGAGCUGGUUGGAGAUGUUUAUCAGAUAUGGGAAUUUCUUUGGCGUUUUUAUGGGACUCUGGGUCUAAAUGAACCUCCAACGCUUGAGGAACUUGAAGAAGAACUUAUUGAUCCUUGGCCCAUUGACUCAAAGUAUAUGGAGAAGCUGGAAAAGGAAAUAGAGGAUUUUAGAGAACCAGAUGGUCGGAUCUCACUGUCGACAUGUGAGUCUGGUUCAACAGCAUCUGAAGUGAGUCCAUUUAUGUUUAUUCCAAACGAAACGGCAUCAGCAAGGGAAGCUGCUCAAGCUAAAUUGGCAUCACGUACUUAUGGCAGAUGUACUGGUGUAACAUUGACUAAGAUUCAUAUUUCACUGCUGAAAAUUUUGAUUGGGGAGAUCCUUGGUAAGGUUACAGUUUAUUUAGAUCCAAAUUCUGAUGCUAGAGAAUCAAGAUCUAGACGUGGUAGAAAGAAGGAUGUUGAGAACACUGUUGCUGUAAAAGAAGCUAAGACUGAAAUACUACCUGCUAAUGAACUAACAUGGCCGGAUUUGGCUCGGAGAUAUAUUUUAGCUGUUUUAUCUAUAAACUUUGUUAUGGAUUCACCAGAUGUCUUCACUCGUGAAGGUUUGAAGUUGGUCCGCUGCUUACAGGGUGAUGGUGGUGUCCUUUGUGGUUCUCUUUCUGGUGUUGCUGGUAUGGAAGCUGAUGCAAUGCUGCUUGCAGAUGCCGAAAGACAGAUAUCUGACUCUAGAUUACAAGAAAAUAAAGUUUUGCCUGUUGACCAGAAGGACUCUGAUGCAGUCAGUACCUCUGAGCCUGCUGUAGUGAAUGGGAACAAUCUUCCUGAGUGGGCAUUACCACUAGAACCAGUGAAGAAGUUGCCAACUAAUGUUGGUACGAGAAUAAGAAAGUGCAUUUAUGAUGCAUUGGAUCGAAAUCCUCCAGAAUGGGCAAAGAAAAUUUUGGAGCAUUCUAUAAGUAAAGAGGUCUAUAAGGGAAAUGCCUCAGGACCAACCAAGAAAGCUGUUCUAUCUGUGUUAGCAGAGGCAUCUGGUGGAAAACACCAGCAAAAAUCUGAGAAGAGAAGUAAAGAGAAAAGCCCUAUAUCUUUGUCUGAUGCUGUUAUGAAAAGAUGUCGUAUAGUACUACGUCGUGCUGUUUCUGCUGAUGAAGGGAAAGUUUUCUGCAAUUUGCUUGGUUCUCCCAUUGCGAAUGUUAAUGAUAAUGAAGAUGAAGGUGUUCUUGGAUUUCCUGCUAUGGUUUCUCGUCCUUUAGAUUUCCGCACAAUUGACUUAAGGUUGGCUGUUGGGGCUUAUGGUGGAUCACAUGAAGCUUUUCUUGAGGAUGUCCGGGAGGUAUGGCAUAACAUAUCCACCGCAUAUGGGGAUCGGCCUGAUCUUAUGCAGUUGGUUGAGACAUUGUCACAAAAAUUUGAAUCAUUGUAUGAGAAAGAGGUGCUUAUUCUAGUGGAAAAAAUUGCUGAUCAUGUGGGUAAUGAGCCUUUAGACACUGAAAAGCGGAAAGAAUUGUAUAAUAUUAUUCUUGCAGCAAAUGAAAUACCGAAAGCUCCUUGGGAAGAGGGAGUUUGUAAAGUUUGUGGCAUUGACAAGGAUGAUGACAGUGUUUUGCUAUGUGAUUCUUGCGACUCUGAAUACCACACAUAUUGUUUAAAUCCCCCUCUUGCUCGGAUUCCAGAAGGCAACUGGUAUUGUCCAUCAUGUAUCAGGAUUCAAUCCAAGAAGCAGGAUCUAGAUCAACACACAGAAGUUACCAAACGCCAUAUGAGGAGACAUCUGGGAGAGGAAGGUCGUGCUUUUCAAGAGGCUCUGUAUCAGCUAGCAUGCACAAUGGACGAAAGAGAAUAUUGGGAGUACAGCGUUGAGGAGAGAAUAUUUUUGCUGAAGUUUCUGUGUGAUGAGGUGCUGAACACUGCACUUGUUAGAGAACACCUCGAUCAGUGCACUGAAAAGUCAAAUGAUCUGCAACAAAAAAUACGAACUCUAGUUAUGGAGUGGAGAAAUUUGAAAUUUAAAGAAGAACUAUUGGCCUUGAGCAUUGCAAAAGAAAGUACGAGUAAAUUUAAUGAACCUGGUGAUGUUGCAAGUGAAGAAGGAGAAGCUAAUAUGUACUCUGGCCAUGGUAGGUUAGUUGAAUAUCAGCAAAAUGUUAAUAACUCUUCUGUGACUGAUUCAGGAAAUCGACUGAAAGGUGCAUCUUUCAUUAUUGAGGGCUGCCCUGGAGAAGAUGGGCGAAUUGAUUUCAGCAAGAGUGUGGGCCAGUUAUUUAAGAGUAGUGUGAUAGACACCCAUGCUGAUGGUAGGAAAUCUCAAGUUCAGUCUGGUGAGAGAGAUGUUUUGGAAGAGCGUUCAGUGCCUGGUAAUCUGAACCCCAAUACAACCGUUGGUAAGGAAGAUCAAAUUAAUGAACAAGAUGAAAGAUUAUUACUAGUUUCUGCACAACAAGAUAAUAAGGAAUCAACGGAAGAAUCCAUCCAUGGUUUUCAGCAUGAAACUGAAAAAAGGGAGUUGCCGGUUAAGGAAAGCAGCUUGCUUGGUAGACCUGAUUUGAUGCAAGCUAUAAAUAUGAAAAGGAAUGCUGGAGUGCUGACCAAUGCUGAUAAUCUUCAUGGUUCUUCUCUGGGUUCUGACAGUGGGAGGUUACAAUCAAGGGAGAAUUAUAUUACAAUGAUUACGGGGUUAGUCAAAACAUCUGGAGAGUUGCUCGCCUCUAAAGGUGUUCUCCAGGAAAAUGCUGAUGAUGUUCUUGUAACUUCUAGUGAGCAUGAGUCCAGUGAUCUUGGAAUGAGUGGUUUGAAGAAUGAAAUUUCACACAUUGAGGAGUCAAUAUUCAGUUUUGAAUCUCAGCUUAUGAUGUCAUCUUUGAGAAGGGACUUCCUUGGAAGGGACUCAUUUGGUCGAUUAUACUGGGUUAUAGGUAGACCUGGUAGGCAUCCUUGGUUGGUUGCUGAUGGAAGUAUAACAGUGCCACAGGAAAGAAACAAAGUUGAAGAUUUUAAGGACCCCAAGGCUGAUGUUCUUAUGGAUAUGGUCUCCUCUUGUUCAGUACUCAUGAGGACUGGACCAGGAGGAUCAGAUGCAUGUAGUACAUCUACUUGUGAUAUGCAUGAUCGGAACUUUUGUUCAUUUUCUUUGUAUGAAUCUGACAAUGAAAUUCAGGAAAUUACUAGUUGGUUGAGUGAUGCCGACCCUAAGGAAAGAGAGCUGAAGGAAUGCAUUUUGCAGUGGCAAAGACUUGUACAUCAAGUGACCAAUCAUAUUUCUAAUAGUUCUCAACUAACUUCUAAGUCUUCCACUAGCAAGAAUUGCACAGUCGCUCAAAGUUUAACUACAAAGGCCAUGAUGAUCCUUGAAGCCAAAUAUGGUCCUUUCUUGGAUCCAGAAGUGAGUGAAAUUCCAAAGCGAAAAGGGAGGAAAGCAAAACAAAAUCAUGAGAGAAUGUACAGAUGUGAAUGCUUAGAAGCCAUAUGGCCUUCUAGACACCACUGUUUGUCCUGUCACCAAUCAUUUUUGACUGCAGUGGAACUCGAAGGACAUAAUGAUGGAAGGUGUACCCCUAAUAAUCCUGUAUCUGAUGAAAGUAAAGAAAAUGAUGAUAUAAUAAGAGUCAAGGGAACAAGAUCUGAGAGCACUAGGGGAAAAGAAAAUCCUGAUGAUGUUGAUUUUGUUGAUACGUCAAAGAACAAAAUUGUAGAUGCCAGCUCCAAUCUUGUUAGAAUUUCAAGGAAAGCAUGUCCUUAUGAUUUUGAUGAGAUCAGCAAAAGGUUCAUCACAAGAAACUCUAACAAGGAGUUAGUGCAAGAAAUAGGUCUUAUCGGGCUAAAUGGACUUCCGUCCUUUGUCCCGUCGCCGGUUUUCUUUCUGAAUUCUGCAUUAGUGCUGAACCCAAGCCUGAAGUCCGAUACUAAUAUGAAUAGUGAGUUGGCCUUUGCUUCAGAAGGAUGGUUGCUAUCAUCCAUGCAAAGGGGAGGAAAAGGCAUAAGUGCAACUCAGGAUGAAACUGGAAAAGGAACCAGACAAGCCAACAUUUCUGCUCAUAAUUUUCAUGGUAAUGUUAAUGAUGAACAAUCUCAGAGAACAAAAAAAUCGAAUACAGGUUCUGGUGAUGGUGAAGAAGCAUCCUCUAUAACUAAUAAAAUUCAACGAUCUGGCCGCAGCUGCACAGUUCCUGAGUCAUCAUUGAGGCCAUUAGUUGGGAAGAUCUCUGAGAUUCUUAAGUGUCUCAAGGUUAAUUUACUUGAUAUGGAGGCUGCCCUGCCAAUGGAAGCACUGAGACCAUCAAGGUCACAGAUGCCGAAAAGAUGUGCAUGGCGUGGGUUUGUGAAGUCUUCAGAGUCCAUAUUCGAGAUGGUUCAAGCAACAACCCUGUUUGAAGGCAUGAUCAAGACAGAGUACCUGAAAAAUGGGUGGUGGUACUGGUCUUCUCAGACUGCUGCAGCAAAGACAUCUACGGUUGCAUCUCUUGCUCUCCGCAUUUACACUCUUGAUGAUUCUAUCAUCUAUGUGAAGGAUCAAGUACCUGGUUCAGAUCCCACAGAGAAUCUGAAGCAGACAACCAAGACAGGAAAGAAAAGGAAAGAUAUUGAACUAUGAUCAUAGUGUUAUUCUUGGAAAUGUUAGUGCAGAACUUGAAAGUUAUGGAUGUGGCAGCUUGAUAAUUUGUAAUGGUUUUUAUCAAGCGUCAUGACCCUCAUAAGAUAUAAACUGAAAAAAGAAUACGGUGUUACUGCUACCGGGGUAUACGUGAACAUAUAUUUGAAAGUACAGCUGACAUCACUUAUAUGAUUUUUGCCUGGUUCAGAACUAGAGAUCUAUUUUGAUGUCUAUAUCUCAGAUGGACCAGGAGAAGGGUAAGCUGUCUGACAUGGUGCAGUAGCUUCAUAAUUUGGUAACUUAAAAGGCAAACGUUUUGCCAAGGAGAUUGACUGUCAGUGAUUCGUACAUCAUACAAAUGCUGCCAAUAUAGAGCUGCAGUUUGAUCUGAUUUAAGUCAAAUAUGAAAUUGACCAAUUGUUUCUUUACAUCUCUCAGUCAUAUCCUUUUCCCCCUUGACAACAUUCAUGAUGUUAGGGCAUAUUGUAUUAGAAGAGGGUAGAUAGUUUAAUCGUUAUUCGGUGUACCUUGCAUCAUAGGAUAUAAAUAAACAGGUAGUGCUACUUUUCUUUGUGUUUCCUCAGAUAGCUGUAUCCUUGUUACCAUUAUCUGGUAAUUGCCUUUUUCGUCUUACAUGGAAAUGCAGAUAUUGUUUUGUAAUUUAACAAAGAUGGCUUGGUGUUUUAUACAGAUGCUUCACUUAA